UUCUGUCUCCGCCCCUUCGCGCCUAGGCAGCCUUGCCGCUUUAAGAGCGCGACUAGCGAUUGACAAGCAAUAACCGUGGAGCGCCCGGCUGCACGGAGUCACCAGGAGCUAGGGGCUCCCCAAGACGCAGGAGACUGACUCCAGAGUCCUCACUGACUGACCAUGCCAGUUGCCGCCACGAACUCCGAGUCUGCCAUGCAGCAAGUCUUGGACAACCUGGGAUCCCUCCCCAACGCCACCGGAGCUGCAGAACUGGACCUGAUCUUCCUUCGAGGCAUUAUGGAAAGUCCCAUAGUCAGAUCCCUGGCCAAGGCCCACGAGCGGCUGGAGGAGACGAAGUUGGAGGCCGUUCGGGAUAACAACCUGGAGCUGGUGCAGGAAAUCCUUCGGGACCUGGCGCAGCUGGCGGAGCAGAGCAGCUCCGCUGCAGAACUGGCGCGCAUCCUCCAGGAGCCUCACUUCCAGUCCCUCUUGGAGACACAUGACUCAGUGGCCUCAAAGACCUAUGAGACCCCACCCCCCAGCCCAGGACUAGAUCCCACGUUCAGCAAUCAGCCAGUACCUCCUGAUGCGGUGCGCAUGGUGGGCAUCCGCAAGACAGCUGGAGAACAUCUGGGUGUGACAUUCCGAGUGGAGGGUGGCGAGCUGGUGAUUGCUCGCAUUCUGCACGGGGGCAUGGUGGCUCAGCAGGGCCUGCUGCACGUCGGUGACAUCAUCAAGGAAGUGAACGGGCAGCCGGUGGGCAGCGAUCCCCGGGCGCUGCAGGAGCUCCUGCGCAACGCCAGUGGCAGCGUUAUCCUCAAGAUCCUGCCCAGCUACCAGGAGCCCCACCUGCCCCGACAGGUAUUUGUUAAAUGCCACUUCGAUUAUGACCCUGCCCGCGACAGUCUCAUCCCCUGCAAGGAAGCAGGCCUGCGCUUCAACGCUGGGGAUUUGCUCCAGAUUGUAAACCAGGAUGAUGCCAAUUGGUGGCAGGCAUGCCACGUAGAAGGGGGCAGUGCCGGGCUCAUCCCCAGCCAGUUGCUGGAGGAGAAGCGGAAAGCAUUUGUCAAGCGGGACCUGGAACUGACCCCGACCUCAGGGACCCUGUGCGGCAGCCUUUCGGGAAAGAAGAAGAAGCGCAUGAUGUAUUUGACAACCAAGAAUGCAGAGUUUGACCGCCACGAGCUGCUCAUUUACGAGGAGGUGGCCCGCAUGCCCCCAUUCCGCCGGAAAACCCUGGUGCUGAUUGGCGCUCAGGGUGUGGGCCGACGCAGCCUGAAAAACAAACUCAUUCUGUGGGAUCCAGACCGCUAUGGCACCACAGUGCCCUACACAUCCCGGAGGCCCAAGGACUCGGAAAGGGAAGGGCAGGGCUACAGCUUUGUGUCUCGCGGGGAGAUGGAGGCCGACAUCCGUGCUGGGCGCUACCUGGAACAUGGCGAGUAUGAGGGCAACCUGUACGGCACCCGUAUCGACUCUAUCCGUGGCGUGGUUGCCUCCGGCAAGGUGUGCGUGCUGGACGUCAACCCCCAGGCAGUGAAGGUCCUGAGGACAGCUGAGUUUGUCCCUUAUGUGGUAUUCAUUGAGGCCCCUGACUUUGAGACCCUUCGAGCCAUGAACCGGGCUGCGCUGGAGAGCGGCGUGUCCACGAAACAGCUGACGGAGGCAGAUCUGAGGCGGACAGUGGAGGAGAGCAGCCGCAUCCAGAGGGGAUACGGGCACUACUUCGACCUCAGCCUGGUCAACAGCAACUUGGAGAGGACCUUUCGUGAGCUCCAGGCUGCCAUGGAGAAGCUUCGAACAGAGCCCCAGUGGGUGCCCGUCAGCUGGGUGUACUGAGCUCUGCUCUGGACCUUGUUCCCUGCCUGGUUGGGAAUCAAUCCAUCCUUCACCCCACCUGUGACACCCUCCUACCCUGAUAAUGAUCUUCACCCCCACCCUGGUCUUCCCUGGAUCACAGUUCCCAGCAGGCUUCAGUCCAGAGGUGUGCACUGCCAGGGAGGUGGGUGUUCAUAGGGUACCUCUGUACCCAGGUGCUGCCCACUCCCGAUGUCCACUGGCCACCUGACAUCCCUCUCUAAGGAUCAUGCUGUGUCCAGGAGCAUCUCAGAGUCCCUCCUGUGAUGCUCAGACCAGGGAAGAGCAGAACUGCUUGGACCUUGUGGUCAGUAGGUCAAGGACCGUACCAGCCUUUUCUCCUUGGGGCUGGCCACACCCACCCUGUUCCCUGGCCCCUCUCAACCCUUCCUAUAGUUCUUAGAACAGCCUUGGGCUGUUCUCCUGUGGCCAGGUACUCAGACCUGGGCAGUGGUGGCAGUCUGGGCUGUUUUAGAGACUGGGGGAGCCCCGUUGUGAGCCAGUUGUUGUAGCUGGUGGCACAGGCCUCAGCUCCUCGAGGAGCAAACAUAGCCUGGUCCCUCCUUUAUUCCUAGCUUCUCACUGCCAAAGUCUCUCCACGGACUUUCUCAAUGUGUCCCUCUUUUAUAAGCCCUGCUCCCCAAACAGUGCGACUGGCAGGUGGCAGGAGGCUUAGCCCAGGUUGGGAAUAGGGCCUAGAAAGCCGAACCCUCUGUUACUGGGACCUAAGUACUCCGGGCUCCACAGCCCACACCAGGCUUUGUUUGCUUUGAGCUUUUCUCUGAACGGAUCUAGGUGGCACCUGGCAUUAGGGCGGCAAGCCUGGGCUUGAGGAGGGGCUGGGGGAGACUGUGAGUCUGGGCUUGGAAACAGACUAGCUUUGGUAGCACUUGCCACACGACUCCAAGGGAGUACGCUUGGGACUCCAGGCUGGGCAGUCUGCGGCUCUGCCGGCUGUGGUGCUGGUCCGCGUUCCUGGCCUUGGUGUGUGGGUUGUAUGUGUGUGUGCUUAUGCACGGAUGUGGUUUGGUUUGAGGGGAGGCAGAGGAAUGCUUUUUCUUGGAGGUGGCUCUUUGAGGUCCCCAGAGCCCAGGCGUUCCUCUACUCUCCUGUUGUCCCCUACCCUAAGUAUCAGCCUUUAGUCCUGGGGGAGGGUGAUUUUGUAAAUUAGGAGAAUCCUUUUAAAAACUCUGUCCUUGACAUCCGGAGACAUCUCAUCCCUCAUCCUUCUUGAGGGGGCUCCUGUCCUCUCAGGGAUCCCCCCCAGCACCCCCACCCUGUGCCUCCCAGAUCUCCUGAGUGUCAGUCUUUGCUGCAGUGCCGGCCCAAGCUGACCCCUGAACCACUGUGUGCCCAUUUCCUAGGGGAGGGGAAGGGAGGGAGGGAAGGGAGGGAGAAUAAACAGAAUAUUUAUUACAAAUGCUAGAAAUAUAUUUAUUAUAUUAGAAGCCUCAUUUGCAUUGCCAUUGGACGGCCUGCUGCUCAUUUGCAUAGCUCUGCCCACACCUGUGCAGUCAUCUUCCUACCUUGUUCCUGUUAGUCGAUGUCCUGUCCUUCCGUCCUUCUGUUCAGCAUCUUGCUGCGACCCUGACCCUCACUUAGCCUAAGGGGACCGGUAGCGGGAGAGAAAUGGCACAUUUCCCUGCUUGCCAGUUUUCUCCUCCCCUGGAGGACUAGUGUAGGGUUAGAGCAGCCCCUGAUCCCCCCUGAGUAACCCACAAAGCCCUCUGACCAAAAGACCAGAGCCUCUAAGAGAUCUGGUGGGCACCAUGCUGGAGAGUUGGUACCAGUCCUUCCCUCUGGAUACCCAAUGGAGUAGUGAUCCUCAGAGCAUCCCCGGUAAUGUGCAAGCGCCAGGGCUGGGUCCCUCCUCUCUGUACAGACUCCUACCUCUCCCGCUGAGCCCGGUUCUACACCCCUUUCAAGCGCUGGCCGGGUGGGAAUAGAGGCUGGGAGCCUCCUCAGUUCACCUUUAGGUAGAACAUGUUGGUGCCCACUGAGCUAGCUCUGUGACUCUGUCCUCCCUCCCUUCCUCCCUCCCUCCCACCGUGGACCCCAGGAGAAGGAGGACCCUGCCCCCCAUGGUCCACGCUCAGUCUCAGCCCAUUGCCCUUCCUUUGUCCCCCCCGCCCCCGCCAGCCAUCUGAUUCUUAAGUUUUCUUUCUUUUCCUUUGAUUAAAUGUGAAAGCAUA